AUGGCCGACGAACAGGCUUCCACUCCCAAGAAGGAGCCCACCACCGCCGAGGCCAUGUUUUUCUUCGCCAUCGUCAAGCACACCAAGAACAAGGCCGACAUUGACUGGUCCGCCGUCGCCGAGGAACAGAACUUCAAGAACGCCGAAGUGGCCAAGGUGCGCUUCGGCCAGAUCAAGCGCAAGCUUGGCAUCUCGACCACCGACUCGCCCGCCAGCGCCGGUGGCGCAACUACCUCUACCCGCGCGACCCCCAAGAAGGCAACCACCCCCAAGAAGGCCGCCACCCCGAAGAAGACGGCCGGCCCAGCCACCCCGAGCAAGGUGCUGAAGAACACCGGCCGCACCGGCGCCAAGGGUCGCGGCGGCGCCCGCGCUUCGGCCGUCAAGAAGGAAGAGCCCAACAAGGACGCGACCGACGCCGCUAAGGACGACGAUGAUGAUGCGACCGUCGUGGGCGGCAAGCCCGCCGCCGUCAAGUCCGAGACUUACGAGGGCACCCCGUCCCAGUUUGAGGAGGAGCUCAAGUCCAUCAUGCGCAGCCGCGAGGCCGCCGCCGCCGAGGCUGAGGAUGAGACUGAGGAUCCCUUCUAA